AUGUGUCUCAUUUUAUUAGAUACACUGAGUUUGUCCAGUGAACGGAGUACGUUGGGACCACAUCGACGUCGUCUCACACGUUUUGAACCACCCAGUGGUCUUUCAGUUGACGAUGAACUCGGAGUGUAUAGUCCUUACAACACUGUGGGUCUCGCUAGUCCCACAGUCCAUUCAGGCUCAUCGGCUGGCAUGAACUUCGAACAGGAUAGUUUCCAACGAUUCAGUAUGCGACGGAAAUCCAUGGCGUUGGCUCAUGCUGUCAAUAUGGACUUGAUCAACCAGGAACGAAAUUCCUGGAAUCCCGAUGACCCUCAAAUGGAUAACAGCUGGGGGGACACCGAUACGGACACGUUCACAGCUGAGGGUGAUACCGCUGUCGCUUCACAUCUGCUCAGACAACGCCCCGAGAACGAAGAUCUGACCUGUAGCGCAUCCAAACUGGCUCUGAGACGUAUGCUCAAUCCGGAAAGUAAUUCGGCCAACUCCCGUGGGCCACCAGCACAGAGUACACCCAUACCCGGUCAACCAUCCACGGGAUCCGCCUACGCACAGUACGAUUCUAUUACACAUCUGGCGGUUUCUAGCAGUCGCAAUUCGUCCGCUUCACACAGUCGCCGUCCUUCAGAUACCGGUGGCAGUCAGUCGGGUGCAAACAACCCUGGCCCGGACUGGUUGUCUUCACUAACCCCCGAACAACUGGUCGCACGACUUACACACACCGACAACCUGGCCGAACAGGCGGAAUUGCUCGGUCGAUUGCAUCAACUACAGGGUUUGGACUGGGAUACGGGUAUUGAUCCGACCCAACCGGCACAUGUUCGCACGCUUCUGAAAGAAGUGUACGAACGAGCUAGUCAAGCCGCCUCGUGGUUCUUGCUGCGCUACACUGCUGGUAUGUUGGGCAAACGUGCCGGAUCGUUGGCGAAAGCAUUGACCGAUAUCCUGGUAUUGCAGAAACAAGUCACAGUCGGUUUGCCUCCAGAGCCUCGGGAAAUUGUGAUCGAUGCACCUCUGCCCCCGGAUCAGAUUGUCGAUGUGAUCCAGAAGGCAUGUGGGGAGGACAGUCUGAUGAAUGUCCUGACCCAGGAAAUUCUCAUAUAUCUGUCCAUGUUGGCUCGUACCAAACCGCAACAAUUGGCUAAUAUAUUGCGCCUACGUAUCGGGCUCAUCAUUCAAAUGAUGGGUACCGAAUUGGCUCGAACCAUGUGUCUGACGGCUGAGGAUUCACUGUACGUGUUAUUCUCGAUGAGCCCAUUCGACAUGAAACGAUUGUUGCAGAACUUGCUUAGCGGUGAAGAGAUCCGAAUGGUGAAAACAACUCGACCACAGGAUUUGGAUUCCCGCAACUGGGCAACUAUGGCUCGUGACGCUAACGAAGUUGGCUCAUCAUCUUGCACUAAAGCGAAGCAAUUGUGCUCAUUUCACACGCGUGGUUUUGCCUCGGAGAAGUAUACUGAAUUGCUGAAGGCAAUUGACAAGUUGAGAGCAAUGACCAUUUUAAUGCUCACGGCUAAAGGAGAACAAUUGAAAGCAGUCGCUUCAGCCUCAGCUCGACGAAUGUCUUUGCACCCGCGAUCGAUCUCUCGCCUGCCUUCAUUAGCCGGUGUUUCCUUGGGUGAGGAGGCUAGAGAGUUGCGAGGUAUGGAAAUGCGUAACCUGUGGAGUCGUCGACGCAAAAUUGAUGGCGCCCUCAAUCGUGUCCCACCCGGGUUCUACGAGAGAGUCUACAUUGUGCUUAGUCGAGUUGGUGGUUUGGAAAUAUGCGGGCAUAUCUUGUGUAGCAGUUUAACCAGAGAGAUGACCAUGGAAGAGCACAAAUUCGCCCUGGCUGUGGAACGGGUCAUCACCAUGGUCUCCUUGCCCGAGUAUCGUCAGUUGCUAAUCGAAGCCACCCAUGUUCUGGGCACCCUGAUGAUGCACGAUGUGGAGAAGCGUGUCCAGUUGGAUUGCAUACUCAAGGUGGACGAGAUUGUGGACACGGCGAAUGUGUUGUUCCUGUUAGAUCAUAACCAUGAUACAAUGGCGAACGAGACGUCCCAAGUUGGGCACUCUUGGCUAGUAGGGCGUCAAAUNAACGCAACCUUGUGUUGUGCCAAAGUGAUGAAAGAACAGAAUAUUACCACGGUCGCUCAGGCACAAAAUGUCCGUAAACCAGGGGCAUUACUAUGUCACGGUUUGCAUAAUAUUUGUCAACAUUUCUACGACACACCUCCUGCUGGACGUUACGGAACGAUGUCGUAUAUGGUCCGUGCCGUGUCCUAUUUGCUCCAGUCCAUCAAGCCGAUCCGAUCGGACGGGUUUCUUUCAGUGGACUGUAGCGUGCAGUGA